GCGAUUAGAGGGAAAGCUCGCCGAUUACGCUCUGUCCGCUCACGCAAGCACGCACCGCUCCUGUCCGCAAGAAGGACCGACCGCCGUGCUGUGUUUGCGCGCUUGUCGCGCGGCUGGGAUUACACGUGCAGUGCUGUCAACUACGCAUCGAUUUCCUCUUCUGCGACGGCUCUGCUGUCUUCGCUUUUGGCGGACAACUACGAUAACCAUGCGGAUAGCGUUGGUGUUGGCGCUGAUGCUGGGCGCCGCGUCGGCCGGCGAUGACAAGGACGACGACAGCUUCUCCAUCGGCCUGGGCGUGCUGUCGCCGUCCUACCGGCAAAAGAUCGGCCCCGACGGAAACACCAAGGUCGACUUCAACCAGGAGAAGGACGGCUUCUCCUUCUCCGUGAGCAGCGGCGAGCCGAACGCCAAGACUGCGUCGGGCGCCGUGAAGCCUUACUCGCACAUCACCUUCAGCCAGCAGUUCCAGGACCCGGCCGCCAAAAAGCACGCCGGGGCCGGAGGCGCCGAGCUGCAGCAAGUUGCCCAGCCUGCGCAAUUCACAGGACAGCAGGGGCAGUAUGGUCCAGCGGGUGGCCAGGCUGCUGCGUUCAGCCCUGCCUAUAAUCCCGGUCAGCCAGACGCCAGACUACAGCAGUUCGUGCCUUCUGCCUUCCCUGCAGGAGCCCAAGCCGGUGGCGCCGGAGCUGCCCAGUACGCCGGCGUUGCACCCCAUUACGCCGGUGGAGCGCCACAGUACUCCGGAGGAGCUCCUCAGUACGGUGGUGGAGCUGCCCAGUACGGCGGUGGAGUUGCCGGCGGUGGAGCUGCCCAGUAUGGCGGUGGAGCUGACCAGUACGCCGGUGGAGCUGCCCCGUACGUCGGUGGAGCUGCCCAGUACGCCGGAGUCGGCGGCCUUGCACAGUAUGGAGGUGCGCCCGCUCCGGAAGUUCAGUACGCGGCCGCACCGCAGGUGCCAGGCUACGGAGGCGGCAACUCUCUGGCAGCGUUUGGCAGCUCUGGGUAUGGCGCUGCGGCGCCCCAGCAAAGCGGGGCACUGAAUACGGACCAGAACGCUGCCCUGGCUGCCGUACAGCAAGUGCUGAACGCUGAACGACAGCGGCAGCACGCCGCUCCCCAGGCCCAGGCAUACACGGCGCCGCAGGCCCAGGCGUACGCCGCGCCGCAGGCACAGGCGUACGCUGCGCCGCAGGCCCAGGCGUAUGGUGCGCCGCAGGGCGCGCAGGGCUUCGCUCUGCCACAGCACCUUUUCGCAGCGGCACCGCAGCAGUCUUAUGCCGCGCCUCAGCAGUCUUAUGCUGCGCCUCAGCAGUCUUAUGCCGCGCCUCAGCAGUCUUAUGCCGCGCCUCAGCAGUCUUAUGCCGCGCCUCAGCAGUCGUACGAAGCGCAGCAGCAGCAGCAGCCGGCCUACAGCCCCGGCGUUCACGGCAGCGGACAGGCCUUAGCUUUCGCCUAUGGCGGCGGAGGAGCCCCUGGCGCCGCCGCCGGCUACGCGGGAGGCUACCAGCCACACGCUGGAUACGGCGGCGUGCCCUCGGCCGGCGUAACGGUAUCCGGCCCCAAGUAUGGGGCACAUAUCUUCGGUCCUGCUCAAGUCUUUGCCCCUCCUCCCGGUGCCGGUCAGGGUUACGGUGCCGGUGCUAGCGGUGCCGCCUCCGCUCUUCAGGGCGGCUACAACGGUGGCGCGGCGGCAACUGGUUACGGCGGUGGCGCAGCGGCGGGAGGCUACAACGGUGGCGGCAGCGCGGCAGGCGCUCCUCGGGGCGUCGCUCUGCAGACGGGCCCCGGAGGAGUCAUCACCGGAGCUGCCCUCCAAGGCUACGGAGGCAGUUCGUCGUCGGGCGGCCUGCAGACUUAUGGCGGCGGACCUCUCGCCGGUGCGGCCUACCAAGGCUACGGCGCGGGAGCUGGCGCGGCUCUUCAAGGCUACGGCGCGGGAGCUUCUCAAGGAGUCUCGUACAGCCCCACCGCAGCGGCUUACGGCGGUGCCCAGCUGGCCGGGCAGGGAGCGCCCGGCGUCCACUAUGCCUCCGGUUCGACGCUCAGGCUACAGGCGGCUCCGUACGCGGCUGCUCUGACUGCCGCCGGUCAAGGAGCGCGCGCCGGUGGAUACGCGGCCGGGGGCCCUGGCGGAUACGGCGCCGCUUCGUCCGCCCAGGCAUACACGCCUCAGGCUCGGCCCGGCUACAAGGACAAAAAAUGAAGCCCGUCAUGAUAGCGCUUUUUUUUCUUUUUUUUCUCAAGGAAUGCUCUGAGAUAACUACAACAGGACGGUUCGAACUGCCGCUCGCUAAUGCCGUCAUCGGGGCCAAAGCAGCGACUCUGUAUUUAUUUUGUCCAUGCCGCGCUGUUUGUAGUUGCGACUGUUCCAAUCGUCCCGUCUUUCGCGCAGUGUUGACCGCUUUAAGUUUGUUUUUUUGUUUUCUCGUUUUGGCGAGACCUGUCAGUUGCACAAUAGAACACGCGUUAGCUGCUGAAAGCUGGCCGAAGCUGACGCGGAUGUGACCCGAAAACUUAGUAUUCCCAACAGUAUCGAGCUGAAUGAAUUUUUUUACAAAACCAUUCUAGCCCGUCAUGAAGGCUCGAUUUCGAAACAGCGCCGCGCCGUCGUAUUUAUCAAGAAACAUUCUGCGCAUGGAAAUUUGUGUACUCAUAACAUUUUGUUGAUUAGACCGCCUCAUCGAGCUGCUUACUCCCCUUCCACCUCUCUCUGGCGCCUAUACAUUUAUCAGAGGCAUCUUCAGUCGAGUCUUCUACGCGAUAGACGAGCUUUCGUGCCCUCCUUGAUCACAUCGUGCAUUCAAACGGCCCUGUAGCGCGAGUCCGUUGUUCACAAACCACGCCAUUGCAGUCGUUCCGCAAACUCACUGACGAAGAAAGCGCUGCGCAGCUCCGACCAUGAUAGACAGUUCCGCUCAAACAGCUUGGCGCUGAAACCAGCAUAGAAGUGAUGGGAACAUUGACGUCGGGCUUUGUCUGGCUAUGGGCAGGUUGCAAGUGCUAGGCGGCGCCCCGUCUUUCCGACCCCUAGCGCCAUCUGACGAACAGUUGCGCGAAUGUGGUAGGAUUACUCACGGCGUCAGCAGCCCGCACUGCGUGUUUGGCGUCCUGUCAAACGAUAGCGAUGGCGCGAAACAGCGUGCCGAUAUUAAUUUUAACCGGGUUUCUGGGAAUUACAAGAUCUUCAUAGCUUUUUUCGUGUAAAGAAUUUAGGGAAAGGAAGUCGUCUAUUUGAAGUGGGGCACGUCUACGACGUGAGGGAAGUGUUGAACUCGCACUGAUCGGAAGUGACUGCUAGGUUUAUUCCGCAAACGAAAAAUAAUGCACCACCGAGAUGCGUGAAGCUCAGCGUAAGUUACUUCGUUAUCUACGGUGUGGACGCAUGAAAUUGUAGGCGAAAUUGAUUCUUGAAGAUCGGCGACAGCAGACAAAUCCUAGCGGUGAGCUGCGAUUGCCGUGCUGGCAUCGCAGGGAAGUGCAAGGACGCCGCGGUAGUUUCCCUGUACAUACAUGACGGCAAAUACGAAUCCAAAACACCUCAUCCAAGAACGUGGGGCGUAUGAACGACUCGUAAGACCUACCAGAGAUAUUCUAACGUUGUUCUCCCCAAACACAAAAAAAGGGGAUGAACUUACCAGUUGUGUUAGACUACGCUGGGAAAAUAUUUUCGCCCAAGUUACUGGAAGUGCGAUACUUUUAUGUUGCGAUUUUUCAGGGCGUGCAAAGGAGGUUCCAAUAAACCACGUUGUCAAAAA